AUGGCCUCAUUCCUCCCGCGAGUCGCUCCUAGAGCUCUACACACCUCCCUCCGCGUCAUUGCUCGUCCCAAUAUCCGCCUACAGCGACCAUCCGCGCCCCUCCUCCGCCGCUUCCUAGCUACGCCUUCAGAUCUUGGAGAGCAGCCACGGUUACGGAUCGGAUCCACUGCUCCGAAUUUCAAGGCGACAACAACGGCGGGAGACAUCGACUUCCACGAAUUCAUCGGCGACAACUGGGCGAUCCUCUUCUCGCACCCUGCGGACUACACACCAGUAUGCACAACGGAGCUGGGCGCCUUUUCGAAGAUGAACGCGGAGUUUGACAAGCGUGGUGUGAAGAUGAUUGGGCUUAGCGCCGACCCCCUCAACUCGCACAAAACCUGGAUAAACGACAUCAACGAAGUCUGCAGCACGCGCGUCUCCUUCCCCCUGAUCGCGGACCCCGACCGGCGCAUCUCCUACCCCUACGACAUGAUUUCGCAAUCCGACAUCGAGCGGACCGCCAAAGACGGCUCGCUACCCUUCACAAUCCGCAGCGUCUUCAUCAUUGACCCGGCCAAGAAGAUCCGGCUGACAAUGCUGUAUCCCGCGGCCGUAGGGCGCAACACGAGCGAGGUGCUAAGGGUCGUGGAUGCGCUCCAGACGGGGGAUAAGAAGGGCGUGGUUACGCCGAUUGAUUGGCAGAGGGGGGAUGAUGUUAUUGUGCCGCCGAGCGUGAGCACGGAGGAUGCGAAGAAGAAAUUUGGGGAGGUGAGGGAGGUGAAGAGAUAUUUGAGAUUUACUAAUGUUGGGGAGUGA